AUGGCUUCCAUUCCACGAUUUAAUGUAACCGGUCGCUAUCGCGAAAGUGAAGAGUCCUCAGUUAAAAAUGGCUCUCGAUUCUUUGCCAGUGGCGAUUCACCUAUUUCAAAUCUUACUCGCACCGACGAUAACAAAAGUCGCCCCAACACUGCUACCUCUCAGUGUUUUAUUGCGCACAAAAGACGCAUCAUAAACCCUCAAGCGAUGCACAACAGACAUUCUCGUCCAUUUAGAAAUCUCCUUCCAAAUUUUCUGCAAAGAUUAAGAUCGGCCGGGGGAAGUUGGGGAAAUGUAGAGAACUCUGGUCGAGCCUCCUCAUCUCGAUCGUCAGCUAUUAGUGGAGACGGAACUAAUUUCACAGACACCAUGAGCAUGUUCUCAGUUCCUGCCUCUUAUUCAGGUGUUUAUUAUGAUCGGGUUGGGGAUGAUUCUGAUGAAUCUGGAUCCUUCCUCACAGUGUCUGAUCUUGAUAGUUAUCGAGAUCAUGCGAAACGUCCGGAUUCUUAUUAUGCGGAGUAUGCUAAUAUUGAGGACUCAAAUAAAGGCAGAAAUGAUGGUGACAAAACACCCACUAACUCUCCUACACCAAAACCGUCACCUAAAAUCGAUAACCUAAAAGUGAAAGAUAGCUCGUUAUCGCCAAAGAAGGUGGCCAGAUUGGAGAGCUUGAGAGAUACUCAUCGACGUAUGAAAACCCUCACUCAGUUCUUCCCCACUUUUGCUCUUGAUCCGCCAUCAGAAACUACUGAGGAGCCCGACGAAGACGCUAAACUCGGAUUUGCCAACAUUCCAGACCAAAUGCAUAGAAAGGCUGUUAAGAAGGGAUUUAAUUUCACUCUAAUGAUUGCUGGUGAAAGCGGUCUAGGCAAGUCAACCUUGGUCAACAGUCUCUUUAUGCAAGAUCUCUACAAGUCCCGUGAACCAUGUGAUGCCAGCGAUAUGAUCAAGAAGGUGACCAAGAUUGAGAAACGUCAGAUUGAACUCGAUGAACGGGGUGUUAAGCUCCGUCUUACUAUCGUUGAUACACCCGGUUUUAAUGAUGCCGUUAAUGCCGAAGACUGCUGGAAACCGAUUGAAGACUAUAUUGAUGGAACAUUUGAACAGUACUUCAAGGAUGAAUGUGGAUUGAACAGAAAAAACAUUCAAGACAACCGAGUGCAUUGCUGUCUUUACUUCAUUUCACCUUAUGGCCAUGGGUGUCUUGGUUUGCUUUUGUUUUGGGUUCAAUGUUUAGCUAAACCAAUCUUUGAGGAACUACACCCCUCUGCUGAUGUACCAGGUUACUCCUAUUCUUCUUCCUAUGUGUUUUUUGAAGAAGUCAGUAGGUUCUGUGUCAAGCGUAUGGGCCUUCGACAGGUGGAUGUUGAGUUCAUGCGUCGAUUGCAGAACAAGGUGAAUAUCGUUCCUGUGAUUGCCAAAGCUGAUGCUCUCACAGCCUCUGAAUUGCGCAACCUCAAGGAACGCAUCAUGUCCGAUUUGGAUCGUUACAAAAUUGACAUCUAUCGUCUCCCCGAGUGCGAUUCUGAUGAGGAGGAGGAAAUCAAGCGACUUGAUAAAGAAAUCAAAGCGAUUCGAAAUCAUCACGUGAGGAGUGAGGCUGAGCACCAAUCAGAAAUUUGUAUAGAUCAUGAUCAUGUGACCAACCAGUCUUCGGUUGGAGUCACUUUUCCCUGUCCUCAAGAGAAGGCUGUUCUUCCAUUUGCUGUUAUUGGUAGCAACUGCGUGAUUGAAGGCGAGGGUGGAAAACGUGUCCGCGGUCGUCAGUAUCCAUGGGGGGUGGUCGAGGUGGAAAACCCUAAACACUGCGAUUUCACCAAACUCCGAAUCUUCCUUCUCAAGCAAGUUUUUAUUUCCUGA